AUGCACCUUACCAACACCCCAACAGGAAACUCGGUUACCACUUCUACCCCAGAAGGAACCACCAGCCUCAUCCAAGAAACAUACACCAAAAUGACCAGCGAUAUCCUUGCUGAAAGAACAUUAAACGAUUUCUUAAGUGAGCAUCCGGGCGAACUUGUAAGGACCGGAAGUCCUUUAUUUGUUUGUACUGUUUUACCUCCGCAUUGGAGGUCGAAUAAAACGCUUCCAGUGGCUUUUAAAGUGGUCGCACUGGGGGAUAUCGGAGACGGGACUGUAGUGACUGUUAAAGCAGGUAACGAUGAAAAUUAUUGUGCGGAAUUGAGAAACUGUACGGCUGUUAUGAAAAAUCAAGUAGCUAAAUUUAAUGAUCUUAGGUUUGUUGGGAGAAGCGGAAGAGCACAUUUGGACAAUAUAAUAAUACCAUUUAAAUACUUGUUAUACCUUCACAAUUAG